AUGGCCAAAGAGCCCCCCCAUGAGGGCCAAGGCAGGGGCCACCGCGCGUACCUGCGCGCGGCGCCGCACUACGACUUCCCGCGCUACCGGCAGCUGGUGCACGAGCUCACGGCCGCCUUCGGGGGCAUCUCGCGCGAGGUGCUGGGCAUCGAGCGGCGCCUGCGCCAGCAGCUCGGCCGCCCCGAGCUCGCCCAGCACCUCGUCCGCGUCCAGGAGCGCGAGCAGGAGAAGCUGCGGCUGACGGCGCAGCUGCAGCUGGCCCGGCAGCGCGCGCAGGACGAGCCCGGCGUGGACGCCCACGAGCAGGAGGUGCGGGAGCUCAAGCACAAGCUAAUUAAAACCAUGGAGGCAAUCAGCGAAAUUCUCCAGGACCUCAAGUACGAUUCGGAAGAAGCCGAGUGAUGGGCGGCCCCGGGGGAGCGGGGCCCCGCGCGG